AGACUUUACGUGAAGCAUUUCGGAAUCCGGAAAAAAUAUACCUAGGCAGUAAGACAAUCAUGUCAUAAUCAGCUGUUGUUGUAUUCGUUGUCAGGGCCCGUGGGGUGCCACCGGAAGGCGGGGAGGGCGGGAGAUCUCAGACUUUAUGCAGGACACGCAAUGCAAAAAAGCGGCGGGGUUUCUUUCGUUUAUCGCUAUAAACGGAAGCAUUGACGUCGUCUCGUUCUCGUCCCUCCAUAUGCCGGGAUAUGCUGUUCGCUUGCGAUUCAGAUUUCUAUUCGAUUCGUGUCGUGUCGUGUCGUGUCGCUCAGGUGCCAAGUUACAUCUGCAUUAUUUGCUUACUUUGGGUCCCGUCCUUUCUCUGUAUUGGAGACCUGGUCCUGGUGGCUGUGCGUGCGCAAUUGCUUGCAUGGCAUAACAUACACGUACGUACCGUGUAGCAGCUGGAAUCGAAUCGUUCGAUUCGCAUUGAAUCUGAUUCGGUGGCCUUCGUUGACCUUCGAUGAGUCUAAUGCGCUUGGACUAGGUAGUGAGCCGCUUGCAUUUUCCGAGAAUUGAAAAUGGUCGUCGAAGAUAACCCGUUUGUUCGAUUCAAGAACCAUAUUGAUAGCAACAUACGGCGUGGUUGGGAUGUUCUCGUAGGCUCGGUCUCGCCAACUUUGCCUACUUCAUCACCUGUAUCAUCGCCACAACAUACAGGAACGACAUCAACGACCGCUACAACUCCGAAUUCAGCAACAUCUUCAUCAAUUUCACCGCCACUGAGCUUACAGCCAAAGAUGCCUGACUCUUCUUCAUCUGCAUCGGACCACGCGUCUACCGCCGCCAUGUCUGAUCAUCACCACAAUGCUUCCACUGCGCCCACUUCACCAACUUCACCUACUACACCCACCUCCCCUACCUACCCCGCCUCUCCUACUACUCCUACUCCUGAUCCUGAAGAAACCACCCCACACGGCGUCCACGACUGGGCCGUCCGCUCCCCUUACUCUCCCUUCAGCCUCCAACACUUACGCCAGCCCACGCCCAACGACGCUCCGCGGGGGUGUGAAGGCACCUUCACCUUCCGCGAUGCCUUCGAGGAUCUCCUCGUCACGGGCUCCGGCGCGCCGCUAUCCAUGUCGCGCACGCCGGGGUGGAAGAAAUGUCUUUCCUCAAGAGACACCAGAGAUAGGACGCGUCUUCGCGUCGGAGGAUUCGGAGUAGAGCGCGGGGAGAGAGGUGAUAGAGUGGACUCGGUGAAUUGGGUGUCGGGUCUAGGAGGCAUGGGGCUCUGGGAUGCGUAUUUCGAUGUCAAGAAGAAAGGACGGCCUGUGUAUAGGGACGACUGGGAGGAGUUUCGCGAGCGUGGUGCGCCUUCCAGAGUCGUUGUUGACGGGGAAGAUGAGAGGGAGAGGAGGAUUGGGUUCGGAUUCGGAUUGGGCUCUGGAUUCAGCUUUGGCGAGAGGGAUAGGGAGAGACACAGGGCGUGGGAACACUCUUGGAGACGUCGUAGCGAGCAACAACAACAACGUACGGAAGAAGCUGAGUUCGAAGACGAGCUGUACGAUGCCUUUCGGGUUUCCUUUGGCGGGAAGGAGGAUGGGAUGAAAGUAGGAUUCACGGCCGCUGUUGAUGCGGAUGGAAAGAAAGAUCUGAAGAUUAUUACCCCGGGAAGCGAGGAUGGGGAGAAAGACAAGGAAGAGACCAAGACCAUCGUCUACCCAGACGGAAGCAAACGCGUGCGAACCAUCGAGCGCAAAGAAACCGAUGGCAAAGAAGAGGUUAAGACCAUCGAGUGCGUGUACGACAAACACGGCAAUCUCGUCUCGCGGAGCAAAGGACUUGCGAGGACCAGGUCUUGGGAGGGGGAUUUACCUGGUGGGAGUGGAAAUGCGGGUGCGAGCUUCUCUUACAGCUGGAAUAAGACCACUGAUGGAGAGGAUGGGGAUAGGGAUGGGGAAGAUGCGGAGGGGAGUGAAAGGAAGGAUGAGAAUGGGAAGAAUGGGUGGUUUUGGAAGCGCUGAGUCGGGAUGGGCGGACGCACGGACUGAUUUUCCCUUCUUGCCUUGGGUUGAUAGCGUUUGGUUCUUACUGGUGUUCGGGACUCGUGUGUCAUGGUAUGGUAUGGCAAGAUAUGUAUGGGUGGCUUCAUGUGCCAUCAUCACUUUGCCCUGGGUUUCGGUUUGCGGAAAAGGGAUCACCCUCAGAAUGAAAGUUCGAUGACCAAGUCAAUCAAUCAUGAUAUCCA